AUGGCUCCUCUCCACACUUUCGAUGCACGUAUCAGUAAAUCGGACGGAUCGACGGCGAACGUGGCAUUCUUCACAUCGACCAUCAAGACAACAUCUCCCCCGCCACCGACCGAGGUCGUCUUCAUUCCAAUGUCGUCUAUUCCUGACUCUCUAUGGCUGCUACGAUUGAUACUGUAUAUUCGAAAACUACGGAUCUAUCUAUCACAGAAAAAUUUGGGAGCUUUCCAAGGAAUGCUUGCUGACCACUGUGCUGCUGCCAGUGUAAGAUUCGUGAAAGGGCGAAAGCGUCGACAUCCAGAUAGCACGCAAGGAUGCCCCUCGGCCUAUCGCACGGAGGCAGAGAUUCGUCUGCCAUCCCCCUGA